AUGCAUUAUCGCAAUGUAUCAUGCUCGGACAUAUACUUUCAAGCGGAUCACCCGGAUAACGCAAGGAGCCGUCAGUGGAUUGAGUCCUUCAUGCAGGCGAAGGGUCUUCAUUCUGCUGCCGAGAUAUGGCUAUACUUUCUCAGAUACUAUCUGGAUACAUCUCAUUCAAACAUCAUGCGAGAUGCUGCAGAACUCGUAGAGAAGUACGGCGAAGGUGGUCUUCAAAAAAUGAUGAUUGAAUCGCAUAUCCCACCUGAUCUCGAACACUUCCCAGCUUACACUUACUACGUUCAGGCGAAUAGCUACUUUCUCAGUAUCUGGGAAGCUGCAGAGGGAGAAGAAUUCAUCAUCACAUCCCACGCAUUUGGUCUGUGGGAAGGUUUGGGAUAUGGUUGCCCCGGCCUACACUGCAUAUUCAUAGUCAGUCCUCGCAUUGCUAUCGUCCUGCGUCAUGUGCUAUCGCGUCCAGAAUUGAAAGAAGACGUGAAGCCGGGUACCUUCGUGAGCUCCUUGCUCGACGUGAAUCCAGCACCACCAACUCCAAUUUACACCUGUGGAGAACACGGUACACAUAUCGACCAAGUAAAUUUCCAAUCUGCGAUGUCACUUGCACGUUACAGAUCCUCCAAGAAAGGGGAGCAUGACAGUUUUGUGUUCAAGAUCACAAAGCUGUCACGAUCCCAAACUUUGGAAUUCAAUUGCGUUCUAUUGGUGAACGUGACGAAGACAGGCUCCUUGACCUUCCUGUCAAGGGGGAGUAUGCUCCGCAUUGCGUUCCGGAGUUUGCCGGCCAAUAUCCAUGCGAGCGAGCUGCUUAUUCCGCUCAUCGCGCGAUUAAUGGAUAUCACGGAGACAGAAGCCCCUGAAAUCUUGUCAAAACUGUUCAAGGAAGGCACUCCAGGAGGAGAUGCAUCUACUGUGGGCUUCGCGCGGUUUGUGUACCGCCAGCGGGCUUCGCAAUCAUUUUUCUCUUCCGAGUUCCACCUGGCAUAUUCGUUACGAGCCAUGUGCGCAAUGUCUGGGCCAACCACUAAUUUUGUUAGUCGGAGCUACUACCAGUUAACGGCUUCUAUAAUACAAUGUCUCGGUCGCACAAUGCUGGGACCCCUGCCGGAGCCAUAUGCUUCGCAGCCGCGCAAGAGGCCCAAGGCUCGGCUUGUCUACAAAAUCCCAGAAGAACAUUCAGACUUACUUUUUUCGAAUAUGAAGAUGAUACUGCGGCAUUCGCUCCCGGGAUAUGUGCCGUCGCCAGGAGGGAACACUCCAGAACAGACCCUCAUGAGGUGGAUAGAUGAGAUGGCCAUCGUCGGUUGUCUUGUGUGGUUGGGGAAGCACAGGAGGAAUUAUUUGGACUUCAUUUUGGAUGGGUUUCUGCAGGGUACGAAAUUCAAGCUGUUUGAAGAUGAAGAAGUCACUGGGAGUACCUAG